CGGCGGAGUCCCGUCCCUUCCCCUAAACUCCCAGCAGCCAGACUGGGAACCCCAGCUGACUCGGGAACCACACCGCGUCCCACUUCGGAGGGUGCUGUGUAUAUCUGCCCAGAACCCUGGCCCCAUCCUGCCUGGUUUCAUCUGUGCCUUACCCAGUAGACCAUGAGCUCCUUGAGGGCAGGGGCCAUCCCUUUUCUACUUCAGUAGUCACCUCCUAUCCCCAAGAUACUGUGGCCAUACCAGGGCUUGCCCAGAGGAGGGCUGAAGAGAUGCACUUUGAAUUAUAGAAGAUAGAAGCACAGGAUUUCGUCUGUCCUGGAGGAGCUGAUAGACUAGAUGGGGAGCUGAGAGAGACACAGGGAGCAAAGAGAAACAUUAGGUGCUAAAUCUUGUGGCACCCACUGUACUUAUUUCUGGAGCUCGGGGAAAGGACAGCUGGUAUGAGCUGGAUAGGCUGAGAAGGGCCUCCCGGUGAAGUGGUCCUUUCACCCAGCCCAAGCCUACAGCGGGAAAAGCAGAGAGAGGGGGUCUGUGUUGUCAAAGCAGAACCUAGGGACUUUGGCCCUAAGGCGUGAAAGGGGUGAUUUCAAGCAUAAGAAGGAAGCUGUUUUGGAGUGUGCCCCCCCUAACCUGCCUCAGUCAGACCACAAACAUGGGAGUGGAUCAGCUGUCUUUGUGAUCUUGAAGGAGGAUCCUCCAAAUGGAGGGGGGUGCUUGGAUGUUGUUCCAGAUUGGCGAAGAGGUGGCAAUGAAGAGGGAAGGAAAGAAGGGGAAGGAAGGAAAAGCCGAGCUCUGCUUCUCUCCUUUUGCUGCGUUUCCUCAGGAUCCUGAAGUCCUGAGCUUGGGGAACCCUGGCCUGGACACCAACCAAGCCCCCAGCUGGCCUGGACUCCGGACCCUCCUGCAGCAGCUCCCUCCGCAGGACAGCGAUGAGCGCUACUGCCUGGCCCUUGGGGAGGAGGAGCUGGCUGAGCUGCGGCUCUUCUGUGCCCAGCGGAGGCGGGAGGCCCUGGGACAGGGGGUGGCCCGCCUAGUACCUCCCAAGCUUGAAGAAUGCACCUGUGAAAAGUGCAGGGAGCAGCUGAGGCCAGGGGAGUACGGAGUGUUCGCAGCUCGGGCAGGAGAGCAGCGCUGCUGGCACCGGGCUUGCUUUGCCUGCCAGGCCUGUGGCCAGGCCCUGAUAAACCUCAUCUACUUCUACCACGAUGGGCGUCUCUACUGCGGCCGUCAUCACGCAGAGCUGCUGCGGCCGCGCUGCCCGGCUUGUGACCAGCUGAUCUUCUCCCGCCGCUGCACCGAGGCCGAGGGACGGCGCUGGCACGAGAACCACUUCUGCUGCCAGGACUGCGCCGGGCCCUUGGGCGGGGGACGUUAUGCCCUGCCGGGCGGCGGCCCCUGCUGCCCCAGCUGCUUUGAGAGACGCUAUUCGGAUGCCGGCUCGAGUCCGGCCCCGACAGUGGAAGGCAGGGCGUCCCCGGGGGAGGCGGAGCUCGGCGGAAUUGAAGACGGGCACCGCGCCCCGCGGAAUGCCGCGAUCAUCUCCCGGGCAGCCAUUCUCUCUACUGCCGCCAGCUCCAGUCUGGAAACCCAGAGGGGGACGCUUGGAUCCAGCCCGGAGCAGGAGUGUAGAGCUGGGGACCAGGCGGAGACACCCAAAGGGCAAGAGCAGGGCUGCCCAGAGACUCCCCUUGAUCCCAAGGAGGACGCUUCCUGCGCCACCUGCUCCUCUUCCUCUGAAUCGGAACCCGAAGGCUUUUUCUUAGGCCAGCGCCUUCCCCGGCCCUGGGAGACCCCCGGCAAUCUCCAAGCUGGGGACAGCGACACCUCCAGGAAGCAUUGCACCAUUUGCUAGUGGCGCGGCCCGGAAAAAGGGUGGCGGGGGAGGUGAUCUGUAAGGUGAGAGAGCAAAGCUCUCCUCCCCCUAUAAAAAUCCUAGACUGAUCGCCAUCAGGGCCAUGGCUGGGAGAGGUGGCGAAAUGACAAAUUUGGAGUGCUUCCUUUUAGCCCGCACAUUCUAUGACUUUUCAUGGAGACUCUUGGGGAGCCCCAUUCCUCAGGGCUACGCAUCCCCUUUUGAGUGAGACCCUACCCCACCCCCACAGGCUGGGCAGCCCCAUCCUCAGCAUCCUCCUCCUGAGCCAACGAAGUGAUCACUCAGAGACCACCUGUGACUGACAGGGUGGGCCAGCCGAAGGCCAGGAGGGAGCCG